AUGAAAGGCCUGAGAGCCAGUAGCCAGCGCAGGCGCGGCACGUGUACCGCGCCGCCAACCCUUCCCAUCCUCCUCCUAGCGCUCCUCGCGCUCCUCGCGGGUGACAUGAGAGCCGCCGCAGCCCCAGCUCGUGAGGACCCGCUCAAGACGUCCGCCGAUGCGGCUGAUGUCGACACCACCCCCGAGACAGCUCCAAGGCCGCUGCUGCCCAAGCCUGCCGCAGCCGCCAUGCUGCCCAAGGCUGCGCCUGCCAGAGUGCUGCUGCCCACGGGCAAUGGCCCAGAUAGUGCUACUGCCAGUCCUAUUGCCACCACUACAGCUCCGAGGGCAACUCCGAAGGUUGCGGCCGUGGCCAAACGAGCUCUCCUGCCAAAGACAGUCACUGCCGACCCAGGCGCGGCCACCGCUCUCGGCGCCCUGCGACAGACCUUGCUACACAGUGGCCGAUUACUGGCCGUACAAGACAUGCCGGGCGGAGUGCAGUACCGAAGUAUGCAAGCGAGGUAUGGUGAUGACAUCAGCUGCCGUGGCAGUGAGACUGUGCGUUGGGGCGUUUGGGGCAGUCAGGAGAUUUGUUGUGCCGCGGGUGCCGCAUUUCCGGACGGCUGCAGCGUUCGGCCCAAGGAAUGCUGGGUGGCGGAGAGCCCCUCCAGCCGCUCUUGCUGGAAGGACAACCGGCGGUGCCUCCAGGGAUACGGCGUUUUCCCUUCUGAGGAGGUCUGCUGCUCGCCGGGUGCCGCCUUUCCUGACGGCUGCUUGCCGCCCGAGACCACCUCCGCCAGCAACAGCUGCUGGGUGGUGGACACCUAUUUCCCUGCCCGCCUCUGCCGCAACUCAACCAGCCUUUGCGCGCCUCGUGCGGGGGCGCAGUCCUGGGCCACGAAGGAAGCUUGCUGCGCUAAGGGCGGUGCUUUCCCUGAGGGAUGUAGUCCUGCACCGCCCCCCACUCCGUGCUUCAUGGUGGGAAGCUACUGGCCCGCUCGCACGUGCGUCGCGUCCGAUGACAUCGCGGUGUGCAACAGAGGCUGGGGCGUGUACGCCAGUGAGGAGGUCUGCUGCGCCCCCAACGUGGCCUUUCCGGAGGGCUGCUCUGCACCGCCCAGUGGCACCGAGGCCGGCGGCAGCAGUAGCAGCGGCAGCAGCAGCAGCAGCAGCGGCAGUACGCCACCUGCCGCGGGAGCCGGGGCGACGGCCAGGGCCCCGCUGCCGACUAAGGUAGUCCGGCUGGCACCGGCGCCAUCGGUGGCUGCCCCGCAGGCUGCGGGCCUAAACGACCUCAAGUAG